AUGGCAACUGUAUCAGAAGAUAAAUGCACAAUAUGUGCAAAAAAUGCUGGUAUAGCCACAUGCGAUGGCUGUUUAGCAAAACUGUGUAGACGGUGUUUCAAUGAUCAUCGUCAAGAUUUGUCAACAGAAUUCGACAAUGUUGUUUACGAACACGAUAUCCUCAAACAGGAUCUUGAAACGCCAAACAAUAAUGAUUCACAUCAUUUAUUAAAACAGAUUGAUGAAUGGAAGAAAGACUCUAUCGAUAAAAUUAAUCAGCUCGCUGAUCAAUGUCGGACUGACGUUGUCAAAUUGCUAGAUAAAAACAAGAAUCAGUUUAUUGACAGAUUUCGUAAAAUAUCGAAUAGAGUUUGUAAAGGUCGAGACGAUGAAGAUUAUGUUGAACGAGAUCUUAGUAAGUGGAUGGCUGACUUAAAGGAACUAAAAGCUCAACUUAACAAACCAUCGACCGUCCGAAUCGAAGAGGAUAAACAACAAUCUCCUUGGAUUCGAAAGAUCAGAGUACGCGAAGAUAUCCACGACCAAGCAAAGCUGGACGGUGCUGUUGUUCGUACAACAAGAGGAAAAAUGCAUACAUCUAUUACUGAAAAUAAUCGAGAUGGAACUGCUAAUGUUUUUUACCGAGGACAACAUAUUGCAGGAUCACCAUUUAAAUUUCACGUUAAUCAAGUUCAAACAGGUUAUGUAACUGCCUAUGGUUCUGGUCUAAGUCACGGUGUUUGCAAUGAACCAUGCAAGUUUCGUAUUGUGACCAAAGACGCCUUCCAUGGAGGUUUGUCUGUUACUGUUGAAGGUCCGUCGAAAGCAGAAAUUCAAUGUAAAGAUAAUAUAGGAACAUGCGAUUUUACUUACUUGCCGGUAUGUAUUUGA